GUCUGGUGUUAUAAGAUAACUGUGGAUUUGGUUGUUAAAUCGAAAUGUGUUGAGUGCUAGGCAUAACUAUGAUACAGAUUUGCCGAGUUCUUUCUCUUUAUUCAGCUUCCAGACCAUUUCAACAAUCUACGUACUCACAAGACAAAUAACAAGAGAUGCCAUGUCUACCUACAAGGAGAGAGGGGUCAUGUUUCCAGGUGACAUUGUGCCACGUUCCAACCUGGAACUCCUGAAAACCUUUGACAUCAGAGACGACGACAUCAUGUUGAUCACCUACCCCAAAACUGGCACUUGGUGGCUUCAUCAAGUAAUAAAACAGAUUCUGGCCGAACAGGGAGUCAAGGAUGAGAAGUAUCUGGGAAACAUACCCAAUCUUAUCGAAUUCACCUUGCCUGUAAUAGGCCCCCUGGCGGAAGUAGUUAAGACUGCACCUUCUCCUCGGGUACUGGCGACUCACGUACCAGUGGAAUUCCUCCCGGAUGGUUUGCUCGGUUCCAAGGCGAAGGACCUUCCGGCGGAAGUGAAGAAACUGUGCUCCUUCCUUGAAAAGCCGCUGAGUGACGAAGAGGUGCAGACAGUGGUCGCUGCGACACAGUUCGACUCCAUGAAAAAUACUUUGGGAGAAAAAGGACAAGUGUUUACAAGGAAGGGAGUCAUCGGAGACUGGAAGAACUACUUCAGUGACGACCAGAGCCGAGCUUAUGAUGAGCAGUACCGUGAGAGGCUGGCCAACACUGGGCUGGAAUUUCAAUUUCAGUAA